AUGGCUUCAUCUCUGCCCUCGCAGUACGAAAUCCGUGUUCUUGGACCGGAGCAUGAGGAAUGGGCCCGAGCUAUUUGCAUCCACACAAAUCUGUUCCGAUCCCCACUCUGGCCAGUCGUGUAUCCCGAGAAUAUAACUCAGCGGGCAUACAAGUCGUUCCGGGCCGCGCACUACCUAAUCAAGCACCAGAUCGACUCAGGAUAUUCCCUUGUCUGUGGCCACGGGGGGAAGCUAUACUGGAAUCUUGAUGACGAGAGUGCUACUGAGGGCGAGUUGGCAGAUCAGAUGGACUUUCCGCUCGUCUCUAUCGCCCUAGCCUACGAUGGCAUCAACGAGCUGGAUAUGGCUCAGAUAACGCCACUGAUCGAGACACUGCCAUUGUUCGGAUCGGUUUACAGUGCCCUUGGGGACCGAGACACUCGCGAUCCUGCCUCGUGGAAGCCCACCGGCCCCCAGCAGGUACUAAUGCGCAACGCCACCAACACCGUUAAAGCGCAUGAAGGUCACGGACUUAUGAGGCAGCUAGCCGAAGAGAUGAUGCGACGGUCGGCGGCACAGGGAUUUCGUGGCAUCCAGAUUGAGACUAUCUCUGGUGCUGUAUUCAAAGUGUGGUCGAAUCCGCCGGCCCCAUUUAGAGCAACGGUCAUCGGACAAUUUCACACGCUGACGUACGAAGAAAAAGGGGAGUCGGGAGAAAGUCUUCAUCCUUUCCGGCCGGCAAACGUCAACAUUGCGAAGAUCUAUGUCAACUUGCGCUGA